AUGAAGCGUGGCUCCGAAGAUUUAUCGUCUCUCUACACAAGCUCGUCGAGUACUGGUACUUCGCCAACCACGGCAUGUUCACAGAAGUCCCUCAAGAGACUAAAGUUGGAGAAUGAAAUAUUCUCUAAAAGCAUUAAGGACAUUGAAAAGAUGUUUGCACCACCACAAUCUACCAGGGCACCGCAGGCGGUGGUUACAAGAAGACCGUCAUGCGACCAGUACCUUCCUGAGAGCACUACGCCUGGUAAAUACAACUACGACUGCAUCAACGUGGCCUUUUUACCUAAUCAACGCUCGCCAACCGCCCCUAAUUACUCCACUCAAAACAACAAUGCCAAUAGUAUAGUGCCGGUUUUGCCAAGCCAAAGACAAACCCUCAAGCCCAAGUCUAUUAUGAACAAAUCGCCACUUUUAUACUUGGAUUUUGAUCUUUACGAACCGGAGGUGACGCCACGAUACACAAAGGAAAACUUGGAACAAGAGUUAAAUCUCAUAGAUCAAUUGGUGUUACUUCAUUAA